ACCCUACCAGCACGCACAUUACAUGUAAAAGCCACUUAGCAGAGGAGCACGACGGACGAGAAUCGGAGAUUGUCGCCAUUGCCUUCUGAAGAAAUUUGCUGCUUCUUAUCAGUGAACAUAAAGUGGAAUAUGAGUCAUCUUAUGCUAGUUGAGGUCUCAAAUAUUGGUUAAUUUUUGCACGAAUUGUUACAGAUGAUGGACGACCAGGACCUGGGCUUCUUCGCCAACUUUCUUGGUAUCUUUAUAUUUGUGCUAGUGAUUGCUUACCAUUAUGUGAUGGCGGACCCAAAAUAUGAAGGCAAUUGAAAGUUCAUAGAUCUACUCCUUCACUGAUAGUAAUUUUCAGUUAUUCUAUAUAUUAGAUGAAUGAAUUUUGAUGUGCCAAAAACAUUUUCUCCUGAACAUCGAGUUGUAUUUGGAAGCAGGUUGCUUAGAUAAUUUAUCUAAGACUAUUGAUUAAUCAUGCAAUAUUUCGUACAUGAAAGUUUAUCAAUUGCAUAAAGGGGGUCGAAGUUUUGCGUAAA